AUGUCGACCGCGACCAUGCUAUUACCAUUUGAUUUGCCCAACAGAUCCACUUUUCUUGUCACCGACGAGCUCUUUUCGCCAGCCGAUUUCAUCAUACAUUCACAUGUUGCUGCUCAAGCGAAGGAUCGGUCGUACAGAUGCCUCAUUGUAUCGAUGCUCCCCGACGUAUCCAGAUGGAAAGCGAUUGCCGCGAAAUCCAAACUCAACAUUGCGGAGAAAGUAGCGUCAGGAUCCAUCACAUUCAUCGACGUUUUACCGCUGAUACGGCCUUCGAGGGGUGAAGACUCACCACGACUACACGAUUUAUUUGAUGCUGUCUCUUCGAAUCUCUCGCGCUUUAACUCGGAGGAUUCAGAUGUGAUUCUAGACGGGAUUUCAUCGUUACAAUGGAUGGGGAUUCCCAGUAAGGAUGUUGUACGAUUCCACCGCGCUGUUCGGGGUCUCUGCCGCAAGUUUGGCUCAACAUUGCUCAUCAGACAUCACGUAGUCACUCCAACGCAACCCGACGACGUAUUUCGAAUGCUAUUGCAACUAUGCACAUACCACAUUGACGUCCGUCCACUUGCAAGCGGUCGGAGUGGAGCUGUCAGUGGGGAGGUUACGCUCUACUUCGGACCUUCGACGCGUUUAAUUCAAGGAGUCCAAGGGAACCGACGGUUGCAAUAUAGACUGUCUGACAACUCUGCUGUAUUUUUUGAACGAGGCAUGGCAGGCGGUAUCCUCUAG